AUGGCGGGUGAUAACUCUGAUGCCCCUCCGCCGGAGCGCAGUGCACGAGUGCGUCCGAAGCGUCGCAACGAUAUUCCAGCCGUGCGCCGGCGGGCGGCGAUUGACCCACGCUUCAGUGAUCUCUACGGCACGGCGGAUGAGCAGCAGUUCGAGCAGCACUACAAGUUCCUGCGGGAGCAGCAGGAGGAGGAGCAGAGGCGCCGCCGGCACCGCAUACGCUGUCUGAAGUGCCUCAUCCGCCGCGGGGAGCUGGAGGAGAGCGGGGCGGAUCUCGCGGAGUACGACCUCUCCGAGAAUGAGCGCGAGGUGUUUGGCGAAGAUCACCUGGACGAGCUGGCGGACAUGCGUCUGCAGCCGCUGGCCACACUGCAGGCGGAGCUGCAGCAACUCCAGCGCGAGUCUCAACUGCACGUCUCGCGCGAAAAGGGCCGGCAGGCGCGCAGUGCCGCUGUGGCGGUGAAACGCGAAGUCGUCACCCGCGAGGCGGCGGCGGUGCGGGCGGGCGUCAAGCGGCGGGCGUUCGUUCCGCGCCGAUCGGAGCUGCGGCGGGCGGUGUUGGCCGAUAAGUUCGAGCGACUGGAGCAGCGGGGAGGGAAGGCGGCGGUGGACAAGUACGUGGAGCGCAAGAGUCGGCGACAUCCGUAA